UACAUUUUACAACACUAACAAAAUGGAGAUGAAAACAAAUGAAUAAUAGCUUAAUAAAUAAAGUAAUACUCUUCAGAUAUUACGCUUAUUAACGUGUAAAGUACAAAGAUUUAAACUAAAGGGCAGAGAGAAGAAGGUUAACCAAUAUGGAUAUUUCAAAAGCACCAAAUCCACGCAAGCUACAACUGAGUCGCACCUACUUUCUGACUGGUUUCGCCUUUUUGCCAUUCGUUUGGGCCAUAAAUGUGUGCUGGUUCUUCGAGGAGGCCUUUCGCAAGCCACCAUAUCCCGAACAGAAUCAAAUAAAACGCUAUGUCAUCUACUCGGCAAUUGGGACACUUAUCUGGACAGUUAUUUUAAUUAGUUGGAUCAUCAUAUUCCAAACCAAUCGAGCAGCUUGGGGCGCAACUGCCGACUAUAUGAGCUUCAUAAUACCGCUGGGAAGCGCAUAAUGUAUAAAACUAAUUAGAUAAUAGUAUUAAAUUAACGAUUGAUAUUAUCAAAAAGACAUACUAAUAAAUAAAACAUUUUGUCAAAUAACUCAA